AAAUAUCUUGUUCCUUUUAAUUCAAAUCAAUGAUGCAUAAUUUUAUAUGAAAUUGUUUUAAUAAGUUUUUUUUUGUGACCGACCGUGUACUAGAUAGUUAUAUUUACUGUGUAAGGUUACAAACUAUUUUAAAAAGGUGGCUGAUGAGGUUAGGUUAGUUAAGCGGUUAGAAUGUUUAGUGAAAACAAAACAUGAAUGAAAAGCUGGAAAAAAUGUUUGAAGACAUGACCGAUAUAACUGACCCCGCGAGUAUGGGCAGGGUGUUGGAGAUUCUCAAUCAGUCUCGAAUAGAAGAUGACAAGUAUAUUCAGCUCUUAGUAUAUACUCUGAGAGGAAAGGAAAUAACCUGGGAAUUGCCUCUAUACCAACAGAACUUCCGAUUAUCACGAAAACCACCACCUGAAGAAGCAGAAUUAUGUGCAAGUGGGCGCUUUACUAAAGCAGAAGGUGAAUUAAUAAAAAAAAACUGGGACAGGUUUGUACGGAAAUUUGGUGUGCCGGAUAAACCAAUCUGCUUGGCGCGAUGGAGGAACCGGACUCAGAUCAAGAUCUCGUCAAAAUCUGCCGAGGAGUGUGUACGAAACUAUGUAGCUGCAUAUCUCGCACAGGGACUGCCUCGGAGCCUGUACCAAGUCUUCAGAUACUUUCAGAUCACUUAUUCGUAUCCAGUGAAACUCCGGAGUUAUACCCCUAUAGAAGAGAAAAUAAUGAAAAUUUGCUUCUAUCACGAGCCUAAAGAUGCCUGUGUCAUCGCAUCAGAGGUGCUGGGACGGGAGCCGCGGGGCAUUAUUAAAAGAUUCUCUCAAUAUACCAAAGGCAAACCGGAGCCAAAACAGAAAAUUAAAUGGACAUUAGAUUUGGCGGCUAAAUUAAUACAUUAUUUGAUGGAAUAUUCUGGAUGUCGAUUUAAAAAACUAAAAAACAAUCAAUUUAAUCCAGAAGUGUGGCGCAAAGUGGAGGAGGAAAUGGGUCAAAUAUCUGUACACUUGCGUGAAUUUUGGUUCAGCAAACUGCAUGUGCAACUGUUUGCUAAAUGCACUAUAAAAUUGAAAUCACUACGGAAAAUUAUUUAUAACAAGCUAAAAAAAUCACCGUAUGAAGUUUGGAGCGACAUACGUUGGAAGGAUUUGGUGAAGGAGUUCCCAGAUGGUUUCACUGACAUGUUCCUGUAUAGAAUUGCUAAGACUGAAUUCCGAGGGGUCGCCAACUACCAGGAGAUCCCUCUGCCACAGCUCCUUGGACAAGUUGCUAUAAAUAACAGGAAAAAGCCGAAUAAACGACUAACAUCACUCCAAUACAAUAAAUCCGAUGGAACUCUCUCAUGUAUCAAGCAUGAUAUACUUGUAAACGAAAUAAUGGAAAAUAUGUCAAUAAAGUAAUGAA